CAGCAUACCAAAAAUCUGCCUUAUGGAAAAUGAGUUGGUUAAUUUCAAACUGUGGGUUCUGAAUUCAAUCAUGCAUUUAAGUUCUCCCCCCAUACCGGACUAUCCUCUGUUAAACUUCUCUCUGUCAUUUGUGUGUGACUGUGUGUGCGCGCCUGUGUGUGCGAGUGUGUGUGUGGAUUUGUAGUGAAGAAGUCAAAAGCAGCCUCCUGGUUGAUGGCUGAAAGUGGUCCUCUGCCUGCCAACAGGGGACUGUAAACAUUUGCAAAAGGCCCGGAUGCUUUCAAGCCCCGCCCCUCUCUUAUUUGUCCUCUAUUGUCUCUCUCUCUCUUUCUCUUCUUACAUUAACUCCCAUCUCUCCUAGGUGCUUUAGAGCGAAGCACUAGAUGUUACGUAAAGUUACAGAGUUGCUCAAACAUGGACCUAUUAAACAUUUGUAUAACGCAGGUUGCACUCACACUAGGUACCUUAUGAUGCUCAAGCAUGCUUUUAGAUGUGCAUUUGUACCCUCUGAAAAGAGCAAAAUCAUAUUACGCAUGAUACCUAAUGUCAUGAUUGUUUCACUAAUGUUAAGGGCACUGUAUCAUGCUCCAUCAGUUCAUCUGCGAGUUAACUACAACCUUGCAUAACCGUCUAGCAGCACUCUGGAGAGUGAUGUCUACAGUGACAAAGUUGUAAAACAAAUUUAGAAUUGUAGGUAUAUAAGUUUUACAUGAAUAAGGGUCAAAUAGUUUAUUAAAAAAAAGUUGUAAUAUUAAGAAAAUAGUCACCAUAUUCUGACCAAAGAAGUUUUAGUUGGAAGAGAAUGGUGUCAUCACAAGAAUAAAAUCAUAUUAAUCUAGGGGGAGGGGGAGUAAUUUUAAGAAAAUGUUCAAAAUAUAAAAAAGGUAAUUGCAUUACAAUAACAUAAUUAUGAUAAUAUACUAAAUAUGAGUCACAAUGCGAGAAAAGUAGCUUUUAUUGAAUAAAACUAAUUCAUGAAAAUUUUCUAUGUUAAGGCAAAAGUUGUCCAGAAUAUUUUUAAUCACUAGUAUAAAGUGAAAUUUGAGAAUUAAAAUUUUAAGAGAAUGGUUGAAAUAUAAUUAGUCAAAAUAUGAGAAAAAUGCUUGUAUUUUUAAUAGUUGAAAUUACAAGACUAGUCAAAUUAUUACUGGGAAAAAAGAUGUAAGUUUAAUUGUAAUUAUUUGAGUAGAGAGUUUGUAAAAAGGCCACACUUUAUAGGGAAAGUCACCACCCACCCCCAAAAAAGAUAAUUUUAUGAGAUUAAAGUAUGACAAUGACUGCAGGUUUGGUUAGUAUACUAAAAAUUUACUUCAUUAUUUUGACCCUUUUUCUGUAAAAGUUAUUUAUAUUAUAUGUAGUUUUUAUUUUGUCUUUAUUUUGUUACAUUGUAAUUUUACAGUAUAGAUAUAUAUUUUUUAAUUUAUUUCUUUGUGGCACUAAUAUAAUAAUGACUCAAAAUGAGCCCCAAAGUGGUGACUAAAGUAGUAAUGCAGCGUCGUAUCAUAAAGUGUAGACAUUUGUGUGCGCGCUUGGGCACAGCUGAAUCUUGUACAGUUACCAGCUGCGGCUAACCAUGCGUGAGCACGUUAUGGGACUGUUGGCCCAGUGAGAGUGCACCUUACGGAUAUACCAGGAAGUUUCCAAAAUAAGCACUUGAUUCUGAAUUGGGACAUGCCGAAGACAACGUGGUGAUUAGUUGUAAGCGUAUAUAUUGUCAAGAUGCAUACGCUGUACAAACCUGUAUCCAAAACAGGUUUGAGACCAGGCGUAGUCAUUAAAAGCACUUGCAUAAUAGUCUGAGAUGGCCGCCGACAUGACUCACUGGAUGUUGCUACACUGUUUCACAUUUAACAGUGGUCUUCUUUUUGUUGUUGUGUUUUACAGUUGUUUUUCCCUGGCUCAGCCAGUCCCGUAGACUGAAACGCUGCUGCAGAAAAUACCAUCCGACUUAAUUUGUCUCCUGCAGCCAUUUUCUCUCCCCCCCUCUCUCUUUCUCCAGUGUGCUCUUUUUGUUUACAUGUUGUCGUGUGUGUGUGUGUGUGUGUGUCCACAAUGUCUGACUGUCAGAGUUUUAGAGGAAUUAAAGGGGGUAGGGGCACUUCACUGCGGGGUAAGCAGCGUCAUGCUGUUGGGGUGCUUUAGUCAAGGUGGUGGGACUUAAGAGCUCUUCCAAAACAAGUCAAGAGGAAGAAUGACAUCCAAUUACAGAAGACCAACCCCAGACCUAAACCCAAUUGAAAAUCUGACCUCAUAAAAGAUACCCUUGCAUUUGUAUGGCUUUGCGAAGACCAGCUUGCAGAUAAUGGCCAGUUUAGAUGUGCCAUGCUAAUAAACUCAUACCAAAAAGUUAAGUGCAUGGGCUCCUCGGUUUGCAACAGCCUCAACAUACGGUUUGAUGUUACAAAAUACAGUGAUGCCUUGAGAUUAGGGUUAGGUUAAUUUUUAUAUUUUUUUCUCUUUCCUUCCUUCCUCCUUCCUUUGCUUUGAUUUAAACUAAAAUUGGAGAUUGAGCGCUGUGUGGUAGCAGUGAAUGCAACUGCUCACUUUGCAACAAGCAGCAGUUUGGCAAAUAGUGAACCAUUCUUCAGAUAGUGUCUUGGAGCCCAGUUAAUGCUUACUGUCCACAUAAACAUAGAGAAUUACUUGUGGAGUUAAGAUUACCACAUAGCUUUGCUUUGGGUAGAUAUAUUUAUCUUAAUGCUAAUAUACAAUGCAAAACACCAUAGACAGGCUAUUAGCUUUGCUUUGGGGAAAUUGUUUAGCUUAAUGCUCAUAUGCAAUGCAAAACACCAUAGACAGGCUAACUAAUAGCAUCAGUGUUACAAUGUUAUAAUCCUUUAAACACAAUCGGUGAAGCAGCACUCAUGACAUAUUCUUUAUCCUCUAUGAAGCACAAUUAAUAUUUCUGUGGCUUCUUGAGAAGUUGUGACCUUCUCCGUGUAUAUUUGUAUGUCAGUAUUAUGCUGCUCCCAGGUGGCUAAGGUGCGGACACCAGAAGGAGCAGUACAAUGUCCACUGAAUUGAAGCAACAAAAAAAAGUAAAAAAACAUUUAAUUCUUUACAUUCUAUGAAUUCUUAUUAUUAUUACUGGUGUUUCCAUUCUCAAUGGGAUAAGAGAGGUUUGAGAUGUUUUGAGAGUUGUCACCGAACGAAUUAAUCUUGUACCUCAAGGCAUCACUGCGUUUUGCGCAGCGGCGGCAGAAUACGUACUUUACUAAAGUAGCGUAUGUUCGUGAUGGACUUGCGUCCAAAUUCCUAACGCAAACUGAGGACCCUGGUGUUAAGUUUAGGGAAGUCACGCUUGAAUGCUUAUUUUAUGCCUGCAUUGUUUCCUUUUGAAAAUGUACAGGUUCCAGGUCACAUUGUGUUUUUAAAUCAGGGGUGUGUUUACUUGCCGUGAUACUUAAUUCACGACCAUCAAACAAAGUAAAAGGAAGAUUGAAAAAUGCUUUUGGCUGCUAAAGUUUUUACUUUCCUGUGACUUGAGUAGUUGAGUGUAAUAGAUGCAAUUACAGGUAAGGAGAAAAAAAAAUGUUACAGCAGUUUGAUGCUGCUACUAUCAUGUGGUAUAUUUCACUGUGAUGUGUAUUUUUUAAAAUUAAUUUAUUUAUUUUGGAGACAUUGUGUCAGACUUUUUGCCAACCGCCCUAAAAUUCUCUCUGUUGUUUGUAUCUCCGAUUUUUUUCUCUGUGUGCUUUUUAGUAGCGAAGGCGCCGUGAGUGAGUCGCUUGUUUGAGUAAACCGUCUAAAUGAAAACUCACUGCCCAUUGGAGAAGAGCUGGGCUUGCUCACGUUUGGUUCAUGACUUAGCAAACACGUUCAGGAUCCAUCCCGGACGAGGCUAAAGCGUUGUCCCUGCUGGCGCCGGCAAACGCCGUUGCGGGGAUCCUGCCCGGUGGAGGACUUCUCCCCACUCCCAACCCCAUGCCCAAUCCUGCUAUGGGAGCAAACCCCUUUGCUGGUCUCAACAUGGAUGCAAUGGCUGCAUUUGGAUUCCCAGGACCCAACAUGAAUCCUCAGGCUGCUGACCAGCUGCUGAAGCUCAUGACAGAUCCUCAACUCAACCCACUGGCCGCCGGCUUGAACCUGAGCGCCGGCCUCAAAGCCGACGCAGCCAACAAGGAAAUGGAGGAGGCCAUGAAGCGGGUUCGAGAGGCACAGUCUCUCAUUUCUGCCGCCAUCGAACCCGGAAAUGACAGCCGGAAGAAGCGUUCUCGGUCCAGGUCCAGAAGGAGGCGCUCCAGAUCCAGGUCCAGACGCAGGCGAAGCGGCAGCAGGUCCAGACGGCGCUCGGUCUCCAGAAGCAAGCGGCGCUCCAAAAGCCCUCGCAGGAGGCGGAGCCGCUCCAGAGACAGAGGCAGGCGCUCCAGGAGCAGAUCCAGAGAUCGUAAGAAAGAAGAGGCGGCGAGGAGGAGGUCCAAAACGCCGCCCAAGAGCUACAGCACCACUCGCAGAUCACGCAGCAUCAGCCGGAGGCGCAGGCGCAGCCGCAGCGCCAGCCGCUCCCCCAAGAAGUCGCCCAAGAGACGGAGCUCCAGAUCUCCGUCACCUCGCAGGCACAAGAAGGAGAAGAAGCGCGACAAGGAGCGCGAGCGCCGCAGCGAUAAAGACAGAGGACGAGAGGAGAGAGACAGGUCCACCAGCAAGAAGAAGAGAAGCAGGGACAAGGAGAGGGACCGGGACCGGGACCGGGACCGCAAGUCUGAUGCAGGAGACAAGGAAGAUAUCAAGAUCACGAGGGAUUACGACGAAGAGGAGCAGGGCUACGACAGCGAAAAGGAGCGUCAGGAGAGGAAGGCGUCCGACUACUCUGACUCGGACUACCCGCCUCAGUUCGCCGAUGGCAACGGCGACUCGCGGCAGGCCAACGGCGACGACGAUGACGGCGACGCCCACGAAGACGACAUGGAUGUCAGCGACUAAGCGCGCCGUCACGCUCGGUUCAAAGCAGAAAAAAAAGAACACUCUCCCCAUCAUGAUUUGCCUCCUCUCCACCCGUCACAUUUAGCGCAUUGAUGCUUUGUCACAGUUAAACUGGAAGUCCAAUUGUGUUGCUUUUCUGCUCACGUUACACAUAUAAUUCAUAUGCUUUCUUUUUGGUAGGCUCUCCCUCGUCGAUGUUAGCAGCUCGUUAUUUGGAAAUGUUUGAAACGUUUCUUUUAUCAUGGUUUCUUUUAUAUAAAUAAAACCCGUUUGGUAAAUGA